AUGAUGGCGGACGCAGUAGUCCAACUCCGCUGCGGCGUUAAGAAUGACUCUUGGGGCAAGAAAGGGAAGGAGUCGGUUGUGGCUCAACUGUGGUCCAAGACGCCGGGAAGCGGCGAGAUAGACGAGUCCCAGACCUAUUCUGAGAUGUGGAUGGGCACGUAUCCAUCGAACCCGUCAUACCUCCUGUCAACCGGAGAGCCGCUGGGCGACUACCUCAAGAAGAACCCCCAGUUGGUGGGUAAGUCGGUCUACGAUCGCUGGGGUCCCGAGAUUCCCUUUCUACCGAAGAUCCUUUCGUUUUGCAAAGCGCUGCCCCUGCAAAUCCACCCAGACCUGACUCUUGCGGCCAAGCUGCAUAAGGAAGAUCCGCAGAAAUUUGGUGACGCCAACCACAAGCCGGAGAUCGCGAUAGCACUUUCCAAAUUCGAGCUAUUCGCCGGGUGGAAGCCACUGCAGAAUAUCCAGGCCCUGUUCAAACUCAGGCCGCUGGAGAAGUUUGUGUCGGCGCCGAGGAGCUUUGACGACGAGGCACUGCGGCAAGUUUGCAAGGCACUUCUCAAUGCCGCCCCGGAAACCGUGGCCACGACCAUCGAAGAGCUGCAGACCAUCCCGGAAUCGCAGUUUGGCUCUGAUCCGUACAUUCCGGGCCUGCUGGACCGGCUGAGCAAACAGUAUGGCGCCUGCGACAAUGGCAACUUGGUCGCGGCCCUGCUGAUGAACUACCUGACGCUGGGGCCGGGUGACUCAGUCUUUGUCCCGGCCGACAGCAUCCAUGCGUACCUGGAGGGUGACAUCGUCGAGUGCAUGGCGCGAUCGGACAAUGUCAUCAACACGGGGUUCUGCCCAGCUGCAGAGCGAGACAACGUUGAGCUGUUUGGGCAGGCGCUGUCAUUCAUCCCGCACGAUGCGGAGGGCGCGCUACUCCCUCGCCGGAAGAGCGAUAAGGGCAUGCAGGGGCGGACGGACGUGUACGCGCCGCCGAUCAGCGACUUUGCUGUGUUGUGCACCUGUCUUGGAGCCGGAGAGGCAGAGACGCACAAGGCCAUUUUGGGACCGAGUCUGAUGAUCGUAACCAAGGGCGCUGGAUCGGUGAAGAUCCCCGGCAACCAGACGGUCGAAUUACAAGAGGGAUAUGUGUUUUUCGUCGGAAAUGGCGUUGCGCUGGACUUUGAGACUGAGAAGGGGCUGGCGGUUUACCGCGCCUACGCAGAGUAG